AUUUGUGGUGAGAAGUAUACCGUCUGCCAUGCCCUGUCAUGCAAAAAGGGAGGUUUCGUGGCGCAGAGACACGAUGGUGUUCGCAACCUACUUACCUCACUUAUUGGAAAGGUUUGCACCAACGUUGAAGUCGAACCUCAACUACAACCUCUUGAUAAUGAGCGAUUCAACGUCAGAACCGCGGUAAAAAGCUAAGCCCGGAGGCAAGACUGGACUUUAAGGCAGGGGGCUUUUGGUCUCGUGGAGUUACAGCAUUUUUUGAUGUCAGAGUGACGCAUGUUAACUCCAAGUGCAACCAGGGAAAAGAAACAUCCACAAUAUUUAAGGAGCAGGAGGAGGAGAAAAAGCGGAAGUACCAACAGAGGGUGCUGGACGUUGAAAUGGGAUCUUUCACUCCCCUAAUUUUUGGAACCAACGGUGGGAUGGGAGCCGACUGCCACUACUUUCUCAAACGCCUAGCCGAGAAGCUCUCAGAAAAGAAUGAGGAACCUUAUCACAUUACUAUUACUUGGAUUAGAACAUUGCUUUCUUUGGAGAUUUUAAGAACCGUGCACACAUGCGUAAGAGGUUCUAGGACA